CUUUUUAGGACAAGGUUUCUUCAUAAAAUGUACAAAGAAACAAUGCAGAACAAAUAUUUGCACUUCCAUGAGCCUCAGCAUAUGCACUAAAACUUUGUUACAUGUCUUGGCUCAUCAAGGCAGCUUUGAUUAUGGCAAUUACUGUAUGCUGAUGCGUCAUCUAUAAAGUAUGAAUGUAAUAAAAAAAGGGAUACAGGGCAAAUUUGGGUAAUCAUGCUCUUUUAUGCGCUCACAGGGGAGAAGUGGAGGCAGAAGAGGAGGGAAGUAACAGAUCUUCAGUGGCAGAUAGAGAGGUUUGUGUACACACAAGUAGCAAUACAAACAGGAGAUGCAGGCUCGAUAAGGAAAUUAAGGGAAAGGGUGCAACUCAAAUAAACCAAGACUAAUGUACCAACUGACCAAUGCACCUCUCUCCCUCUCUUUUGCUGAGAGAGAGAUGAAAGUCAAGGGAGAGCUGUAGAAGCGCGUCGUUUAGAUAUUCUGGAAGCGCUGGAGAAAGGCAUUCCUCGGAUUUCACAUCAGAAUUGGAUGCAGGACUAAACGUAACCUGUCAAAACUCAUAUGAAUUCUUUCUCUUUGACUGAGGUCACAGGUUUCUGGCACACACGCAGGAAAAUAGUGGACUUUUGGAUCAAAUUGUCAGACUCGGCUCGUCAUUUUAGAUUUUUAUAGGACAAACACUGCACCCAAGGCAAUUACAGGUUACAGUGCUGUGAGAACACCCAGAGGUGGUUCGAAGAUUGUGAUUUGGUUGUGUGAGUUAUGCGAUUCUGUGGUCGACAAGUGAGGCUGAGCAUCCACAGACAUUCAGAUGCGUAUACACAGUGUGUGAGGGGUUGCACAGUGAGGAGAAGAGACAAGGAAGGGAUCACGUUUAGCUGCUGUGUGGAAAAUAAGGACAAAAGCAAACGUGCACUUCAUUUGAUCUGAUCCAAAAAGGCCUUGUUUUUUAUCUAAUAUGAAGGAGCAUGCUUUUUGGAGUCACUUUUUCUCAAGCACAAAAAAGAAAUUAUAACCUGGUUUUUCAAGGUAAUGCUAUUAAAUAUCAACAGAACUUUUUCUGAGUCACGAACCGCUCUGAAAGACCAAUGAAGGAGUCGGACCAAACCAAGGAUAACCCCCUGACCUGGGAUUUCGACCAAUCCUGGGGUUCAUUCUUACAACCAGCUGCACGUCUUUGCCUCAACACCUUGGAUUUCUCAGACCUCUGGGAUGAGGAAGACAGCACAGAGGACGAGGGAACCAAUUCAACCAAUGAAUCAUCAACCUGUCACCGAGCCCCUCCAGCACCCCCACCUCUUCCUCCCCCUCCUCCACUUGCCCCACCUUUGCCAUCGGUCUCCCAUAAAGGUGCAACCAUUAAAUGUCGCACCUUGAAGCUCCACUGGAGGGAACUGCAGAGUUUGUCUCCCCUUCCCAGGAUGACCCGCUUUGGAACUCAGACUAUUUGGUCUGGACUUGAGCCAGUCCAUUUGGAUACAAACCGACUGGAGUACCUGUUUGAAUCUAAGGGCAACAACACCAGCUUUAAUGUGGUUUCUGGGAGGCAGAAGCAGCAGCCGGUCUCAGUGUUGGGGAUGAAGCGGAGUAACAUCAUAACUAUCGCCCUGAGCAGCCUGCCCCCUCCCCGCCUCCUGCCCCCUGCUAUCUACAGCAUGGACAGCAGUGUGCUGGACAGAGAGGACGUUCAGCGGCUUCAAGCACUAAUCCCAACAGAAGAGGAACUUUGUCUGAUCAAGGAGGCUAAGGCCCAGAACCCCCAAUCCUCUCUGGCCUCAGCCGACCUCUGUCUGCUCACUUUGGGGGAAAUCCCACAUCUGAAUUCCAGGCUUCAGCUGUGGGCCUUCGCUCUGGACUAUGACUCCUUAGAAAGGGAAAUUGCUGAGCCUCUCUUCCAUCUGAAGUUGGCCAUGGAACAGCUCGCAGCCAGCCAAACCUUCAAAUGUAUUCUAGCAACAGUGUUAGCAAUCGGUAACUUUCUCAAUGGAUGUAAGGCUCGUGGCUUUGAGCUGAGUUACCUGGGGAAGCUGUCCCAGGUGAGGGAUACACACACUCGCCAACCCCUGCUGCACCACGUCUGUGUGCUGCUGAUGCAGCUAUACCCCCAAUCGUCUGACCUCUACUCUGACAUCACUGCUGUUACUAAAGCUGGGAAGUGCGACUACUCCCUAGUCCAGUCCAACAUCACUCAGCUAGAGGCCCUGUGCAAAGCAUCAUGGGAGCAGCUAAAGAUUUUGGACAAGGCACAGGACAAGAGGAAAGGAGGAAAGGUGGAAAAGAGGAAAGGAGGAGGACAAGAAGAUGAGGCCUUGGCCCCGGACGGCUCGCUCCGUCACAGGCUGCCAAAGAUUUUGAAAGAGUGUGAGGAGAGGCUGAAGGUCCUGAGAGCCGUCCAUCGCCGGGUUAUCAACAGGUUCCACUCUUUCCUCUUAUUCCUAGGCUACUCCCGAGCUAUGGUGAGGGACACCAAAGAGGAGGACUUCUGUAAAACAAUCAGUAACUUUUCUUUGGAGUACAGGACCACACGCCAGGCCAUCCUCCUGCAGAGAGAGAGGGAGCGACAGAAAAGUGGAGCAGAAAGCCCAGGCCCUAACACUCCCGCAGCCAGAAGGAAACGCCAACAAACGCCAACAAAGGAAAAUGAGGAGCAAUGUAGGCUGGAGGAGGUGCUGAGAACACCUGAGUCCACCCCAAGACUGGACGGCACUCUGCCUCGAAACCGCAGGAGGAUGACUGACAUCCAAGGUCCUUUCUCACGGAAAAUGAAGUGGUGACCCUGCUGAUAUACUUUCAAAAGCCAUUCAGUCACUGUUGUAUUAGAAAACUAAUUUUUGUGAUUGUUAUUUAUGACUUAUUUCUGUUAAAAGGCACAGUUUUGCAGCACAAUAUUGUUUAUCAGUAAGAAAUGGACAGGUGCAUGAGAUUUCACCUGACAUUCAAGUUUUAAUCAUUUUUAGUCUGUGUUGUAAAGUAAACAUGCAUUAAUAUGAACAAUAAAACAGCAAAAUGAGCAAUAAAA